UGUCAGUGUAGGAGGAACUUGUAACUCCAUCUAUUCCAGGAAGAGUUUGUUUCGACCAUAUUUACCUGCUGGAAACAUAUCUGUUAAAGAGUAUCUGUCUGUCGACUCCCCACACAGUCAGAAACAUGGCCUCUGCAUUGUCUGAGGAGCAGUUUUGGUGCGUCAUCUGUCUGGAUAUCUUCAAAAACCCUGUCUCCAUCCCCUGUGGGCACAAUUUCUGCCUGGCAUGCAUCAAACGUUUUUGGGAUUCACAACACAAGUCAGAGUGUCCGCUGUGCAAAGAGGCCUUUAAAAGACGCCCAGAACUCAGGAUCAACGUAGGCUUAAAAGACAUCACUGAGCAAUUUAAAAGGUCUCUAAAGGACAAGCCAGCAUACAAGCCAGCCCCAGCAAAGAGACUUAACCCGAGACAACUUUCUAGGUCUGAGGUUAACUGCGACAUCUGCCGGGGAAACAAGUUAAUGGCGGUUAAGUCAUGCCUUGUCUGCCGCAAGUCUUACUGUGAAAUUCACCUGACGACUCAUCUAAAGGAUCAAGUGCUGACGAAGCACGGGCUGACAGAUCCGGCCACCUUCAUCGCCAGUCACCUCUGCAGAAAUCACAAUGAGCUGCUGGAGAAGUUUUGCAAGAAAGAUCAGACACCUGUUUGUAUGAAAUGCACACAGAUGGACCACAAAAACCAUGAGAUUGUUCCCAUGGAGAAGGAGAGCAUAAGGAUCAAGACUCAGAUGAUGAAGACCAAAGCAGAGCUUCAACACAUGGUUCAAGACAGAAUCAGAAAGUGUGAUGAGAUUAAGGCUUCAGUGGAGUUGAGCAAAGUAUAUAAAGAAAGAGAGAUACAGGCAAGUGUUCAUGUCUUUACCAUGGUGAACAGCGUUAUUGAGAGAAACAUGGCUUUGCUCAUUGAGGAGAUCGAGCAGAAGUUUGAAGCAGCUGAAAAGACAGCAGAGAAGCAUCUCAGAGAGCUCAGGGAGGAAAUCGACGAAUUGCAGAUGAGAUGCACUGAGCUGCAUCACCUGGAGCAAUCCGAGGACCCUCUUCAUCUCAUACAGAGUUUCCCCUUUAUGGGUGCUCCACUGUCCACUAAAGACUUGUCUGAGGUCAGAGUUCACUCAGACAACUACAUGGGGAAAGCGAGGAGAACUUUCUCCAAGCUGGUGGAUGUCUGCCACGAACUUGAAAAGAAACUGUCUGCAGAAGAAAUGAGGGAGGCAAAUCAAUUUGCAGUGGAUGUGACUAUGGAUCCUGUAACUGCUGCAGGCUGGCUGAUUCUGUCCCCAGAUGGAAAAAAGGUGAGUCUUGGCAGCCAGCAGUGGAAACCCUCUCCCUCUGACGACGUCCGCAGGUUCGAUUCCUGCGUCUCUGUUCUGGGAAAACAAAAAUUCACCACCGGAAAAAGCUACUGGGUGGUUGAGGUGGGAGAAAAAACAGACUGGGAUCUUGGUGUGGCCAAAGAGUCCAUAAAGAGGAAGGGGCCCAUCACAGUUCGUCCUGACAGCGGUUACUGGGCGAUCUGCCGGCGGAAAGGUGGCAGUCUCAGUGCUUGUGCCGGCCCCUGUGUCACCCUCAACCUCCAGGAAACCCCUCAGAAAGUGGGCAUCUACCUGGACUAUGAAGAAGGAUUGGUGUCUUUCUACGACGCAGAAGCAAAGACUCACAUUUAUACUUACAGUGGAUGUAACUUCACUGAGGCUCUCUACCCGUACUUAAACCCCUGUCUUCAUGACAAUGGGAAGAACACUGCCCCAUUGAUUAUCUGUCCUGUUAACGUUGGGUUCACUGAAGAGACUGCAGCUUUUUGAACAGGAGAUUGAGGGCACACUUGUUUAGACGGCAAAGUUCAUGAACAUUUCCUUAUCUAUUAUGACAUUGUCAUUUGCAACCCUUUCCUCAUCGCCUUGACCAGCGCUGCUCUCUCCAGCUUCAUCCAAAUGUACUUUAGUUUCUCUGUGUCUAUUGACACAUUAUCACUGUUGUUUCUGGGUCUCCCUCGUUUUGUCUUCGCUUGUGGGUUCUAUGUUAGGGCACGUCUGGUUAUAUUGGUUUUGGGCUUCCACAGGAUGCGUCCAACCCCACUUCCUUUUCCUCAUCUUGGUGUUCGGCCAGUAUAACUUCAAGAUGGAUCUUAGGUACUGUAGACAAAGAUCUGGGUUUUGUAAGUGUGUUUCUCCGCUGUAUAGCAGCAGGGAUUUAACACUGGUGUUGAAUAGCAAGAGUCUGGUUCUUCGCAACUUGGCUUGAAUAAAUUAACCUUAACAUUUUUUUAGCUGAUUUGAAAAACAAUCUGAUAAAUGACCACAGAAUAAUCCGAACCGUGAGUUUAGUGAUCUGUUGAACCACUACCUUCAAAGCUCAGGUACUCUCCUACCCUAAUGCCCUUUAAAUAGGUGUGCCGUCUUGCUGAGAAUACAUCCACAUCUCAACCAAUGUGUGCAUUACUGCUUCUAUAAAGAUACAAAGAUACACUUCCUGAUGUUUGUUGUCAUCCCAAAAUGGUCAGGAUCUUCAGAAAGCACAAGCAUUUAGAAGCAUACAUAAGACAAACAAAUUAAUAAACUCAUUCACCAAUUUGGCAAUGAAUAAAGAAACACUGAAAGGGAAACAUGAAAAGCUAGUAAUAACAAUUGUAGCAGAGGGUGUCCAGUAGGAACAUGGGGGCAGCAGGUGACUCGCAACCACAGAUCCACACUCAGAGCCAGAAACGCCUGCAGGAAGUGAUGGGAGGAGAGAGGAGAGGGACGAGAAAGCACAAGACUCCUGGAAAGGGAAGAUUUUUGAAGACAUUCUCCUCUAAUUCAAAAGGCUUAUUUUUAACUUCAAUCCAGGCAUUUAAUCUCAAUCACCUAGAAAAUAGUUGAGGUCGUGUGUGAGUCAUUAGUUUCACCUAGCUGUCAUACAGUAUUGUUAUGUAAUUCAGAAUCAGACAUUUUUAUUGAUACCCGAGGGCAAAACUCUGUGUCACAGUUGCACACAUUGCACAGCAAGGCAAAAGGAAUAUAAAUAAUAAUAGAAAGUUGGUGUAUAUAAAAAAGUAUAAAAAUAUCAGAGUAAAAAUAUAAACUACAAAGAAAAUAUAAAGGAUUGUGGAUAUUUACAAUAUUAAUUACUUAAAGCUGGGGUAGGCAACAUUGCAGAAAGAGACAGUUACAUUUUGUUUUAUUUGUAGAAUUGCUUGUUUAUUUGCGUGGGCACUGUGAUUAAAAAGAAAACAGGGAGUGAUUUUGAAUACCUUGUAUGUUCUAAUGAUGUGGAACUGUCGAUACAGUUAUGUUUAUGCAUUUGUUUAAAUAAUCCCCACUUUAUCGUCAAUUUUUAUGCACAUAAAUGUUUGGCAUUAGUUUUAGAAAUGUUCCACAGUAUUCUGAUUUACAGUGGGUACGGAAAGUAUUCAGACCCCUUUAAAUUUUUCACUCUUUGUUUCAUUGCAGCCAUUUUCCAAAAAUCAAAAAAGUUCAUUUUAUUUCUCAGUAAUGUACACUCAGCACACCAU